AGUGUUGAGCUCUUGUUCAGUGAGUGUUGCAGUGUUUGUAUGUUUAGUGUGUUUUGUGGCCAACAAUACAUUGAAAUACAUUGCAAUUCAUUGAAUGUUUUGGUGUUUCUUGAGCUCAAUGUAAGCUAACCUUCGCUCCCAUAAUACGACUCAAAGACAUACAGAAGUGAGACAACACUUGGACUGCACUGAAAGCACUGCAACCACUGGUCAUCCCUAUUCACGGCGAACAACACAUCCAUUGAUUGGCUGCCAAUCUGUUGUAUCUUUGAUUGGGAUCAGUGUUGAAGUGAUGGCGACUUUGGUUGAGGGACAACAAUAUGCUCUCACAUCACAUCUCAAUCACUCUCUCAACAAGUCUUUGAUUUUUGUCAAACUCACCGAUUCUGCCCUCAAAGCCAUUGAAGACUAUCUCAACCAUAAGGGAAGCGUUUCCUCGAACUCGAAGCCAUCGAUUGAAUUUCGUUCAAAGGAUUCUCAAGGAGUGAUUAGUAUUCCCAGCAAACGGAGUACUCAGGAUGAGGACAGACAGCACUUUAGUUUCACACUGUCUAAUGUGGACGCAGUUGAACCUCAGGGCAGCUUUGAAUGCAUUCGGCAGUCGAAGAACCGAUUUAUGGAAUCGUUUGGUGAUAUUGACUAUAAGUUGCAAAUCCAUGCCAAUGACGACAGCUAUCAGAAGACAAAAGUCAAAAUGGCUGUCGUCGAGAGGGAGAACAAGAAGAAUAGCACCAAAGUUAUCAAAGCUAGUGAUCCGAACGUUGGCCGGAAGGUCAAAGUGAAACACCAUCGCAUCCCUUCCCGACCCGUACCUCAUUCACAGCCACAAUCAACACCCGAAUCACAACCCGGUUAUAGCAGUUAUAAUAAUUAUAACACUCAUCACAAAUCCAAUUCUCCGCCAACGCUCAAACUGAACGGCACUACCAUUAAUGCCAUUCCUAACCACAAGACUGUUGUCAACCAUAACUCAAUCAAUACUUCGCAUCCGUUAAAGAAGUCUGAAUUGAUUAAUAGGCUGUCAAACGAGGGCUUUAAGGAUAUCGACAAAAAGGAGUUGAAUUUAAUAUUAGAUAACAUUUCGCUUGUGAGGGAUAAUGUGUACGAAUUGGCGAAAAGUGGUUGGAGUCAAGUGAACGGCGAUCGCAUUGAUAGCACCGCUGAUGACAAGGAAUUAGUUGGGAAACGCAACGCAUUGAACGGAUCGCAGACAUCUCCCGCACAGCUGGGAAUAUCUCCACUCUCUGACUGCGGAUCAAUGCCCGCCUACUCUUCGCCAAUGAGUAUGGACUGCAGUUCUCCGUACGGCUCGAAAAGCCCAUCCAUUAAAAGAAGUUCCGACAGUUGUUCCGCUUCAUUAUCUGUACCUAAAAAACAGAAACCGUUAGUGAAUACCAAUCAGUCAUAUAAUAAUAAUACAAAGUCUACCACAACUAAACUCAAAACUAAUGGAUACAAUCAUCUGCUCAACGGUUGGGCUAACAAACCCUCGAGUCCUGAGAGACAGUCAAACUCAAGUACUGUUACGAAUGCCGACACAAACGCUGCGACAGAACUUAAAGGCAUUGAAUCUUUGCUAACAAACACCAGUCAUUCAUCUCCCGAUUCCAACAUCAGUUGUUUAUCACAACAAGAGUUUCAUAAUCCAACAAAUCGUGUCAAUUAUAUCACUAAUGAUAACGCCUUUGAUAAGAGUAAUAAACGAGAGACUUUCAAUCGCUAUAAGAGCAAUGGUUACCACACCAAUGGCAACGGAUCCGGUUCUAUCAAUUCCUCUCCAAACUCCAGUCCUGACAGCGGAACUGGAAGUCAUGACGGAAGCACUUUAAGCACUUCAUCCAAUCUGUACACUAUCUGUGCCAACGAUGAAACGCCCGAUUUUGUAUCCAAAUACACGAAAAUCGUAACUCCGGAGCAAAGGGCGCAAUACAAGAAGGACUUCUAUAUUGAAUACGAAGAAUACCGACGAUUGCAUCGAAACGUGGAGAGCGUCGCCGCGAAGUUCGCUGAACUAGAAAUCCGUCUCAACACGAAAGUGGAAGGAUCUGAGGACUGGAAUAAACUAAUGGAUCAAAUCGUCAGAGAAUAUGAAGAGACGAAGAAUUGUCCGAAGUUUCAGAAGUGCCGAAAGCGGAUGUUUUAUCUUCACUCGAAAUUAGCUCACAUUAAGACUCUUGUCGUCGAAUAUGACCGCAAUUAUCAUAAGGAAAAGAAUCGAUUUCCUCAUAAACUUCAAGUCAAGUCAAACCCGAUAUCUUAGCGUUAAAUUAAAUUUAAGUCAAAUUUGAAUUCUGAAGCGUUUUUUAAGAGCGCGAAGUCGUCUUUAUUUUGAUUUUAAUGUGUUUUGCGAUUCCAUUGAAUGUUUACAAAAGAUUGACACGACUUCUCGUUCUGACCGUAACUUAAAACAGAAUAUAACUCAUGAGAAGCGAUACUCUAUUGUUGUUUUAAACUCUUAAAUGAAUCGCAUAUCAAAUGCAAAAUUAUUCCUCAAAUAUUACUUUUCAAACGAUAAACGUAAGAAUGCUCUCUAGUCUUAUGCCUGUUAAUCAAAACAAUUGAUUCUGACUUUUGAACGUAUUAUUCGUUUUAGUGGUUAGUAUUGACAUUUAUAAACAGU